AUGGCCGGGAAGUUGUGGGAGAUGGCCGUGCUGUCCGGACAGUGGACGUGGGGCGAUGACCUGCCGAAGUCGCAGGAGUGGCUGCCUGUUUCGAAAGCGAACUCGCAGCGACUCAUGGAAAACAACGCCUUCAUCGUCAUCCGCACGAAGGGCAAGUACAGCCGAUUCCGCAAGGUCGUGGAGGACGAGGCUUCGGACCUGACCCUGUGGCAGAACUCGGGAAUGGAGAAGCUUCUCUUGCGCCAAGUCAAGGACAACUUCAUGUGGUGCGUCCACGCCGACCACAACCCUGAGGCAUCCUUUAAGGAGAGAGCUGCGGAGGCAGACCUCAUCACACGCCAGCAGCAAGUGAUCCUGGUCAGUUCCGUGACGGGGGGGCUUUUGAGCCAAGUUUUGACGUUUGUGUGGGGACUCUUGCGUUCCAAAGCCAUGGCUGCAGUGCAAUGGGAGUUUUGCCGUGGUGUCCGGCCGACCGGAGACGGCGUCUCCCUGGUGGAGCAGGCGUGGCAACCGGUCACGAACUACGAAAUGAUCCUUGGCCUGGACAACGGGCGGGAAGAUGAUGGGUUUUGGUAUGAAGGGCAAGCGUGGCAUUGUCUCACUGCAGACAGCUUUGAGAUGCGGCUCUACCAGUCCCUCACGAACCCGGCCAACAACAUCAUCGUCCGGCCCAGGCGUCGCUACAACAUCAUCCUGGAAGUGUACGCCUCCAUCAUCCGAGGAACAACAUGGGUAAGGUUUCAGGCGAGAUACAAGGCGACAAACAAUGUGGCUGCAGACAUACGGAUCCAUGGGGUGGACGGCAUCUCCUUUUACGAGUUGCAGUGGUACCUCCGUGACAGCAUCAAGCCUCCUGAAGAUGCGGCCUUGCAGAUCAUGAGCACAGCGCACGAUGAGAGGGUUUUGUCUGUGUUUGACUGUAUGCUGUAUGUUCGAGGGUCAUCACAGCCAAAUUACAAGCCACGUUAUCGCAUCCUUGAGAAGACGGAGCCAGGAGAGUGCCGCCUCAGGGAGUUUUUCCUACCGGUCACGGACUAG